CUGGGACAAUGGGCCAUUGUGACAUCAUCAGUGGUGGUCUUGGGUAGUUUCCCAUUGCUGGCCCUCCAGUCUCAGCUGCUACUGCCAAGUCCAUUCCUCUACCAUGAGUGUGGAGCAGCUAAAAUCAACAGAUCCACAUGUACCUUGAGGUGACAGACUGGCUCUGAACAAGUUGAAAUCAUCGCAGAAGGAUAAAGUUCGUCAGUUUAUGAUCUUCACACAAUCUAGUGAAAAAACAGCAGUAAGUUGUCUGUCUCAAAAUGACUGGAAGUUAGAUGUUGCAACAGAUAAUUUUUUCCAAAAUCCUGAACUUUAUAUACGAGAGAGUGUAAAAGGAUCAUUGGACAGAAAGAAGUUAGAGCAACUGUACAAUAGAUACAAAGAUCCUCAAGAUGAAAAUAAAAUUGGAAUAGAUGGAAUACAGCAGUUCUGUGAUGACCUGGCACUUGAUCCAGCCAGCAUUAGUGUGUUGAUCAUUGCAUGGAAGUUCAGAGCAGCAACACAGUGCGAGUUCUCCAAACAGGAGUUCAUGGACGGCAUGACAGAAUUAGGAUGUGACAGCAUAGAAAAACUAAAGGCCCAGAUACCCAAGAUGGAACAAGAAUUGAAAGAACCAGGACGAUUUAAGGACUUUUACCAGUUUACAUUUAAUUUUGCAAAGAAUCCAGGACAAAAAGGAUUAGAUCUAGAAAUGGCCAUUGCCUACUGGAACUUAGUGCUUAAUGGAAGAUUUAAAUUCUUAGACUUAUGGAAUAAAUUUUUGUUGGAGCAUCAUAAACGAUCGAUACCAAAAGAUACUUGGAAUCUUCUUUUAGACUUCAGUACAAUGAUCGCAGAUGACAUGUCUAAUUAUGAUGAAGAAGGAGCUUGGCCUGUUCUUAUUGAUGACUUUGUGGAAUUUGCACGCCCUCAAAUUGCUGGGACAAAAAGUACAACAGUGUAGCACUAAAGGAACCUUCUAGAAUGUACAUAGUCUGUACAAUAAAUACAACGGAAAAUUGCACAGUCAAUUUCUGCUGGCUGGACUGAACUGAAGAUCAAUCCUCACAAUUCAAACUGAGGGUUGAGACAAACUUUAAGGAUACAUCUUGGACCAUAUCGUAUUUCAUUCUUCUAAUGGUGGUUUGGGCUUGUCUUCUAGUCUGGGCCGCUCUAAACAUUUAUAAUUCCAACAUUGUGGAUUUCAUCUUAUAUCUGUGGACCAUCCUAGUUCAUUCUCCCAUAAGUCUUAGAAGCUUUAUGGUGAUUAUUUUGAGGUUUCCAUUCUUGCAUAAAGCACAAUGCUGUCUUCAUCAGAAAACAGUUUGGCAUAAAAAUUAAACAUAUGAACAUCACAAACAAUUUAUAAAAACUUCUUAAAUAUAUGCUUUGGGCUAGUUGCAAAGACUAUGCUGAUAGCACUUCCAAUGAGAGUGGUAUAUUUAAGUGUACCAGAUCUGGAAUGGUGUUUUGGUUUGGGGGGAUUUUUUUUUCCUGGCAAAUCACAUGUAUUGAUGUGAGUAGAGUAUCUGGUGAAAAAUGUCAAAAUAACCAACGUGAAAUUUUUUUUUUUUGGAUAACUUGGUGCCUACCUGAAAAAUGUAUUGUGUUUCAGACUUGAUUUCAAAAAGGUUCCACAGAACUAGUGUGCACUUACCUUACCAAUGUUUAUAUAUCGCUGUCCUACAGGGAGCUUUUCUCUAGAAAAUGCCUGCAUAAUGUGAGGUCCACUCCUGUCUACAUUAUGCACCACAUAAUUGGAUUUCAUUAUGCUUUUGAAAUGCUUAUAUGCCUGUCAAAUAAGUUAAACUAUUUAAUUUGUUUUGAAUGUUUUGGAUUGCUACACAAUACAAUAUUCCAAAUUUAGGCAUGAGGGCUUUUUAAAAAUUUUUUGGUUUUUUUCAGUCAUCGCACUAUGGAACACAAAUGAAAUUCUCUUAAUUUAUAAGAAGAUAGUAGGAAUUAAAUUUUGAAAAUGGUUGUGAUGAGCCAUGAAGUUCAAUCUUUAUAUAAUAUAGGUACUACUCUUUCAGACAGAUAGUCCAUUUUUGAUGACUUCUUAUUUUGUUGAAAUUGCUUUAAUUGCUAAUCACUGUGGUUGCCAAAUAUGUACUUCAGGAGCAAAUUUUUAAACAAGCACAUACUUGAUGCAAAAUACCAAUCUGGCUUCUAUUUUCAUAAGUUAUUUAAUCUCUUUACUGUUUUUGUUUUGCUCAGAUAGCUCCAUUUUCACAUCAAAGCAGAAUGCUAUCUUGUAUGUGUUUUUUUCAUUACAAGACCCAUGAACUGCUUUCCUGCUAAGAAUGCUCAUAUCUCUGUUCACUCACUGCCACCCUAGGAAGGGUUUGUUGCUUUCUUGGACAUUUCCGCAAGGCAGGUGAAAGAGAUGAUACUUCUGAUGCUGGAUGGCUAGGGUCUGGAGAUAGGAAUCGGCUUUGCUUGGUUUACCCAGGCGCUCUCUAUGGUCUAGCGUUGGUGUGGAAUGAAGGUGUGUACUUCACAACAGCAGUCACGUGUUAUGCAGAUGUGGAAAUGAUUUUAAGAAACAGUGACAUUGAAACUGCUUUUUAUUUACAUGAUUUUGAAAUUGACUAGAAGGCUUACCCCAUAGAUAAUUAUGUUAAUAUUGCAGUCAUAACUUUAAUUCAAGAAUGCAGUUCUACCAAAAGAAACAUUUGAAAAUCUUUAUUCAGGUAACUGGAAUUGGUUAUUAAAAGAAAAAAGAAGAAUCCUGCUGCUUUCAGUAUUUCCUGAUUUCAGUUUUGUAAAUAUAAAGAGGAACUUCAAUUAUGAAAAAUUUUAAAAAGAUAUAUAUAUAUAUGUAUGUGUGUGUGUGCUAUUUUGUGUCCUGUCUUGAAGAUUUGAGUUAUGGAAUUGUUUUCAGAUGAAUUCAAGUAUGCUAUAUUUUGAAAUGCGAUUCCAUUAACUUUUUUUUAUAUAAAUUGUUUUUCAUAGAACUCUUUAUUGGUUCAUGGCCCAGUGCCUUGGGUUUUACAGAUUUUUCCAUUGAAAUGCAAGACCUUUUCAACAAAAUAGUGCUUGUCAUCAGUUUGGUACUAAACAUUUAUAAUUACUGUGUAAUUAUAAACAAAAAUACAUAAAGCUUUGAAUAUAAUUAUGUAGCAUAAAAGAUAAGGUUGUUCACUAUGAUGGCAUCUUAGAAUUAAAACUAUUACUAGGGCUGAAAAGAGAAGACUGAUUUAAUGUGCUGUGAUUAUUAUGAGGAUAAAUGUCUGGUUACAGGGAAUAUUUUGUACUAAAAACUGCUAACACGUGUGGCCAUGUGUGUGCGUAUGUCUGAGAGAGUGUGAGAGCAAGAACACACACACACACACACACACACACAGAGCAUAUUUUGAAUUGCUUUAACUCAUGAGUGUUUCCGUCUUCAUUCUGGUAAACUCCCCAUGCUGAUUAUUUGUUUUAAACUGAAUCACAGGUACAGUUUCCUUUUUGCCAAAUGUCAGAACAGAUACACAUUUUAAAAUGUAAUGCUUUUUAAAUAGUAAAAUGUGUAAAAUUAGAAGUGCCCACAUAUAAAAAUACUUGAGAUCAAGGUUAGUGACUAUCAUCCGCAUAUCUCUGUAAAUUCAAUUGUGUUUCUUACGAUCCCUGUCUUAUUACCAACAGAGGCAAUAAAAGCUACAGUGAAAUUGC